CAAACAUCGACGUCAAUCAAUCCACACCAAAAAAGGUUUCAUUUACUCAUCACACAAAAUUCAUUAAAAAAACCAAACAACAAAAAACUCUAUAAAUAUAGUUUGUAUCAAACCAAUUCAAUCAAUCAAAGCACCAAUUCAACCAAUUCAAUCAAUAGAACCCUCUCAUAUACUUCAAACCCUCUUCAUAUCCUUUGCUUACUUGAAUCACUAACUAUGUCGCAACAAUCAUUCAACGCUGGCCAAUCCAGGGGCCAAGCUCAGGAGAAAGCUGAGCAGUGGACUGAGUCUGCCAAGCAGACCGCACAAUCAGCACGUGAUAAAACUGCAGAUUUGGCACAGUCAGCACGUGACAAAGCUGUUGAUGUGACACAAUCAGCCCAAGACAAGUCUGCAAAUAAAUCACAUUCCACCAAAGAAUCCGCCCAACAUGGUCAAGAACAAGCCGCUGGUUUUCUAGGCCAGACCGGUGAAUCGGUGAAGAACAUGGCUCAAGGUGCUUUGGACGGUGUUAAAAACAGUCUUGGCAUGAACGAGAAGAAAUGAGGAAAUGAAUACUCACUCAUACUUCUCAACUAUUUAUUUAUAUUUAUGGAUAAUUUCUGAUGUUUAGAAAUUAUUAUUUUCUCCAAAUUAUGUUUGUAAUAAGUAUUUUUUUUAAAAAAAGAUUUUGUGAUCAUAAGAUCCAAGAUCUGAGAUGUGUAAUAAGGUGGUGUAACAUCACACCCUGCAUUUUCUAUUUUAAAGGAUUGAACAAAAUUAACAACACUCUUAUGAUCUUAUCAUAUUAGAAAUUAUGAUACUACUAGGUGUUGUCACGAUGCAUGAGUUUUUAAUUUAUCUAAAGGUCACAUAAAUCGG